AUCUAUGGGAUAAACUCCUGGGAUCUGUGUUGACAUUUGACUUAUGUUUGACAUGUGGUUGACAUGAAGAAAAAGUCUCAUAGGUUAGAAAAAAAGAACAUAAAGUGGUAACCUAAAAUAGGAGCCAAAAUUAUUUUUGUUAAGUGAUCAAAGUUCUCAUUAUCACCAUGCAAUCGAAACAAGUUUGUCAAGAUUAUUCGAAAAUAGUACACUGGAAUGACCUGUGCACAUCGUUAUAUUUACCACUUGCCACACUUUUUCUAUACCAUAGUAACUACGUAUUAUUACUAGGAAAUGCAAUCAGUAUUUACAACAUUUUAAUACUUGCUUUCUUGGAAGUAUUAAAAUUUGUUAUAUUUGCACGCAGUCAGAAAACAGUUCAUAGGACCAUAAAGGACCUUACAAAGUCUGUACUAGCAGUUAUUUUGUUUGUGUGCGCUAUGUAUGUGGUCACAGUAUUAUUUGGAGCUUCAGUAUUUUCAAAAAUAGAAGAAACUUUUAUGUUUACUCUUUUGGUAGCAACAUUCACUGCUCUGCCCAUCUGUCUACAUUUUGGAGCAGAAACUGCAGUAACAAUGUUCUUGUCAAUAACGUCAUUCGAUGGAAGCGAAAUUCAGAAUUUGUUUAUGUUGAAACUCCGAUUAACAUUGUUUGGGGCAUGGUUAGGGGCCAUUGCAAUACCGUUAGAUUGGAACCGCCCAUGGCAAACCUGGCCUAUUCCAUGCUGUGUAGGAACUAUACUAGGGUAUACUGUGGCAAAUUGGGUUAGUUCUUUCCUGCAGUACAGCCGACGACACAAAUUAAGUAAAAAAACUGGAAAGUAUACAUUGUAAUGUAAUAAUGUGUUAUUCAUGUAAGACUUGAGUUCUGUAACUGUUUUUUUAUUGUUUUGUGCCAAAACUAAUUUUUAUUUUUAUAUUUACAGAAACCGAUUCCUUGUAAAAAUUUAAUUAUUUAUCAGCUGUAACGAUCAAGACAAAUUAAUAAAUAAAAAAACGUCUUUGAAGAUUA